AUGGCAUCACAAUGGGAACCCCCCUGCAACUACCGCAGCCGCACAGUUGCCAUUCUUGGUGCAGGUGUACUUGGCCGCCGAGUAGGAUGCAUCUGGGCGUCAGCCGGCUUUGAUGUUAAGAUUCGAGACCCCAGCGCUCAACAGCGAGCGGACGGAAUUGCAUACAUUAAGGAAAAUGUCCAAUCAUACGCCGCCAAAACCAAGCAGAUUCCCGGCUCAUAUGAAGCCGUCGAAGACAUGAAAGCAGCUGUCGAAAAUGCCUGGCUUGUCAUUGAAGCCGUUCCUGAGAAGCUCCAACUCAAGAUCGCCACUUUCGCUGAAUUGGAGGCUCUCGCUCCCAAGGACUGUAUCCUGGCCUCCAAUUCAUCCUCAUACAAGUCUUCCGAGAUAAUCACUGAAAUCUCGGACUCCACUAAGACACGCGUUCUGAAUAUGCAUUAUUACAUGCCGCCAGCGUGUAUGAUUGUGGAGCUUAUGACUGAUGGACACACUACCCCGGAGAUAAUCUCUUUCAUGGUUGAGCGCUGUAAGGAAGCUGCCACAAACCCAUAUGUCGCAAGAAAGGAGUCCACUGGGUUCAUCUUCAAUCGACUGUGGGCUGCUGUGAAGCGCGAGGUCUUGACUAUCUUGGCUGAGGGUGUUUCCGUACCCGAGGAGAUCGACUCAAUGUGGGCUGAACUGUUUCUCAAGGGAGGCAGUCUUCCCUGCCAGACAAUGGAUAAUGUUGGCCUAGACACCGUUGCUUUCAUUGAGGGCCAUUACAUCGAGGAACGUGGACUCUCUUCCGAGAAGACCGUCGACUUCUUGAAGGCCAAUUACCUGGAUCACGGAAAGCUGGGAACCAAGUCCUCAAAGGGUGGCCUGUAUCCUGCUAGAGUCCCGACUCCUACAAAGUCCGACUCAAAGCCCGAAAUCUUGGUGUUGGACCUUGGACUGUCAGCCGUUGCGCCUAGUAUGACAUCAGGAGAGAUUCUCCGGGUUUCCGCAGACGGCAAGCAACAGAAAUCGAUCCUCAAAGGCCAAUCCCUGCCUGAUGGAAUCGCUGUAGACUCGGCCUCUGGCCGCAUGUUCUGGACUUGCAUGGGCAUUCCAGGAAAGUCCGACGGUGCUGUUUACUCCGCCAACGUGGAUGGAACCGAUAUCAAGACACUUGUUGCCCCAGGAAGUAUCAAUACACCAAAGCAGUUGGCUCUUGAUUCCGAAGCCCAAGCCGUCUACUUUUCUGACCGUGAGGGAUGCCGAGUCUACCGCUGUGCCUUCGACGGGUCCAAUCUGGAGGUUUUGAUUGAUAAAACUGGCCGUGAUAUGACCGCCGCACAGCUUGUCUCCGCCUGGUGCGUGGGAGUUGCUGUAAACCCUAGUCAGGGUAAAUUCUAUUGGACCCAGAAGGGACCCUCCAAGGGUGGCGAAGGCCGCAUCUUCUGCGCCAAUAUCGCAACUCCUGAGGGUCAGUCGGCAACUGAUCGGGGUGACGUCCAAUGCGUGAUCGCUGAUCUUCCUGAGCCAAUUGAUCUUGAGGUUCACGAAGCCACUAACACACUUUACUGGACCGAUCGUGGUGAAGUUCCAUGGGGCAACUCGCUGAACAGAGCCAAGUUGGGUGAAGAUGGUCUCCUGCUACCAACUAGUUCCCCUCUGGGAUAUGAGAUCCUCACCAGGGGCCUGAACGAGGCAAUUGGUUUGAAGUUGGAUUCCGUCAAUUCUCAAGUCUAUCUUGCUGAUCUCGGCGGAUCUAUCUACCGCUGCGACCUGGAUGGUAAGAACAAGGUGAAGCUUCACUACGAGGAACACCGGGCCUUCACUGGAAUUACUAUCCUGUAG